GAAGUAUAAAUAACUCCACCCCCAAAUUUAAGACCAUUCCGUGUUCUCGCUACAGACUCUUUACGUUUAAACUUUGAGAAUUCAAGGUCAAGUUCAACUUUUUUAAAGAAGCUUGUAUUUAGAUACACAUUAAAUCCACCGUCUUCAAAAUGCGUGAGUGCAUCUCUAUCCACGUGGGUCAGGCUGGUGUCCAGAUUGGCAAUGCCUGCUGGGAACUCUAUUGUCUUGAACACGGCAUCCAGCCGGACGGACAGAUGCCCAGCGACAAAACCAUCGGAGGUGGAGACGAUUCCUUCAACACUUUCUUUAGUGAGACUGGAGCUGGAAAACACGUCCCCAGGGCUGUGUUUGUGGAUCUGGAGCCUACUGUCAUAGAUGAGGUGCGUACUGGAAUAUACCGCCAGCUGUUUCAUCCUGAGCAGCUCAUCACAGGAAAGGAGGACGCUGCUAACAACUAUGCUCGUGGUCACUACACCAUUGGCAAGGAGUUGAUUGACAUGGUACUGGACAGGUGCCGGAAACUGUUUUAUUGAGAGCUGUCAGGGAGAAUGGCGUCUCACUUAGAGAGAGAGUGCAAAAGCCGGUGACCCCCAAGAAAGCAGCCAAGAGCCCCAAGAGGGCCAAAAAGCCGGCGACCCCCAAGAAAGCAGCCAAGAGCCCCAAGAGGGCCAAAAAGCCGGCGACCCCCAAGAAAGCAGCCAAGAGCCCCAAGAGGGCCAAAAAGCCGGCGACCCCCAAGAAGGUAAAGGCUGUAAAGCCCAAAGCAGCGAAGGCCAAAAAGGCUCCCAAGAAGAAGUAAACGUGUUUCUUAUGUUUUUUACUCCUCAAACGGC